GUAAGCGGUUGUCAUGACAACCUACCAAACCGGAAGAACUCCAGUGGAGCGUCAACGACAUUAGAAUGGCUGUAUACUUCAGAAAAGGACUUGAGAUUCCAGAGCCAUCAGACUACAGCAGCAGUGAAGAUGAUGACAUGACUUAUUUCACAGAUCUGUAUGAGCACGAGCAUAAUCUACCCGAGUCUGUCAGAGUGAUCAAUAAGAUAUUGAACAGUCUUGUUGACAGGGCAUGGGAAGAUAUAUCAAAGCAGGACAAGAUCAGAGAGGAGGCAACAAAAAAGGUUCCUGUGCUAAGUCCUUGUAAAGAAUAUACGAUUCCAUGUAGAACUAAUGCUAUUGUGUGCUCUGAUGAUGGACUUUACUUGUUUCUGGGUCACGCUCAUGGUCUUUCAGUGAUCAGUACUUCUACUCUCACAUGUGUAACAACAUGGAAGGAUGAAAGAGUGGAGCUUACCAGCAUCUCCUGUGCCUCUUUGGAAAAUUGCACACACCUCCUAUGCACAGUGGAUGACAUGGGUAUUGCACGUCUGUUUGUUCAUCGCACAGAGAAUAUUUAUUUUAUUAAAGUCCUCAAUGAAACUGAUGAUAUAAACCAAAGACACAUCUGUACAAAGUUUGAAGUGUCUAAAAGUGGAGACUUCGGGGCUGCAGUCAUGACCUCAAGUGGAUCUGUUUGGUUGGAUGUUUAUCGGUUCCCACAAGAAUUGUGGCUGAAAGAGCUGGAAAUCAAACAGGCCACACACACCCAUACACCCACAGAGGUCAAACUGUCUCUCAUAGUCUUACUCAUGAAGAUUAAACCUCCAGAAAUCCCUGCAGGUACCUCUAUGAAAAGUCCAUUUGACGUUCUGCAGAAAACAGGAGAUGGCACCAUAAUAGGCUCAGGCCAAAAUCACAUGAUUAGUAGUUUUCAAUGGGAAAACCAGGAAGUGGCAUUUCGGAAAAUGUUUGCAAAGUACCUUAGUACCCACCCAAUGACACCAUCACAGCAGAAACCAGAAGGGCCCAGCAGCUGCACUUUUCACUUUUUGCUGCAUGAGGGGCUUUGCCCAUUGCCGGGGGGAGCAAAGCCAACCAGAGAUUUUCCCAUUGUCUUAUGUCUGUGGUGGAGUGGCAGUAAUAAUCUCUUACAGUAUCUUCUGGUAAAGACUACAAAAGAAAAAACAGAUGUUGAACCUAGGCCAGACAUUUUGUGGCCAAAUUCUCAGGAAAUCCUCUGCUCUGCUGUCAGUGCCUGUACAAGGUUCAUUGUUCUGGGGCUUGUCAGUCAGCUGGUAACCGUAUGGGAUCGAAAAUUUGAAAUGUACCUCUUCUUCACAUCUUCUGGUGGUGCAGUGUGUCCGUAUGCCAAUAUUGUAAUCCCUGGAGACAGUGCGUUAUGCAGGCUGAAGCUCAUUUUGCAGAGUCCUGAGCAACUCCAGGUCACUCCUCUUCAUCAAGGCCCCUUUUUACCCAAACUACAGUUCCUGGUCACAUGCAGAAGUGGGGCAUGCUACAGUGUGACAACAAGACAUGGAGGACACUCACAAAUUGCUGCAUUUAUUGAGAGACCUGCAGAUCCUAGCAGUUUUGCCACUGUUGUUGAACCUCUGCCCUUCCUAAAGUCUCUGGCUUUGUUGAUGCAAAGAAAUGGGCAGGUAUCUGUAUGGGAAAUGGAUGAUGCAGCACCCGUGUUCAUCAUAAACUUGCCUCAGACCCAUGUGCUGGGUCCAGUCUGGGAACCUGUGCAUGUGCUGGAUCCAGUCCAACAAAAUCUGUAUAUUAGAGGUGACAGAAAAACAUCUUUGGAAGAGGUGAUGGAUAAAGAAGAGGGUGACAGUACUCUUUUCCUCUAUAGCUUUUCACAAUGCUCAGUUUUGGAUCUGUAUCCGAUUCCAUGGCCAGCUACCAUAGAGAAAGAGACAAGAGCCACACUGUCAGGUUUGGAGGAGGCCUGCAACCUUUACAUUCAGGAGAGAUUUGACUCUUUGGAAGAAAGGAACAGAAAUUUUGCUAUCCAAUGGGAACGGCUUCAGAAGCGUGUUUUUGAAUGAACUUUCACACAGUGUGACGCUGCUCAGCCACCACAAAUUGGACAGAGAGAGAAUGCAUUUUUACUUCUGUAUUUAUGUGAAUGAAAUGCAUUGAAAUGUU